CCAGUCCUCCUUUCCUGCUUUGAUGUCUCUCCUGCAAGGGCUGCAUCGCUGUCCCUUCAAUCCUGGGAUGAUCGGGAUUUGCUAGAGCUUCUCAUUAAGACGGACAGAACUUGGCAGAAGACCAAAGGGUUCCUUCUGAUCUCUCAGAGGCUUCCUGAGAGCACAGAUGGAUGAGCAAGAGUCAGCUGGCCCUGGAGCAGGAAGAGGCCAUGCCAUCCAAAGUGGGAGCAGUGGGGGAUUCUGGGAGAACCCAGUGCAGAAGAUCCUGGGUGAGGAGGACACCCUCUGCUCAGAGGUGCAGAGCCAGAAGUUGAGGCAGUUCUGCUGCCAGGAGGCCAAAGGACCCCGAGAGGUUUGCAGCCGACUCUACCACUUUUGCCACCAGUGGCUGAAGCCAGAAAGGCACACGAAAGCUGAGAUGCUGGACCUGGUGAUCUUGGAGCAGUUCCUGGCUGUCCUUCCCCCGGAGAUGGAGAGCUGGGUGAGGGAAUGUGGAGCGGAGACCAGUUCCCAGGCGGUGGCCCUGGCCGAAGGUUUCCUCCUGAGUCAGGCAGAGGAGAGAAAGCAGGGAAAGGAUCUCUUUGCAGAAAUGGGCCAGAUUUCUUCUGAGGCAGAGAGACCUCCGUUGAACACCAGACAGAGGCAGCUGGGUGACACAGUGAUACUGGCUAGACCUCUUCAUCCAUCUUUGAAUGGGGACAGAGGAGAAGCAGCGGCUGUGGAACCAGAUCAGGGUCCAGUGUGCUUUGAAGACAUCGCUGUUCAUUUCACAGACGAGGAGUGGGUAUUGCUGGAUCCUGACCAGAGAGCUCUGCAUAAGGAUAUCAUGGAGGAGAAUCGUGGGGUCGUGGCCUCUCUUGAUAAUGAUGGACUGGAAAUUAAGAACAAAGGUGACCAUGACAAAAUCCCCAUAAGGGAGAAGCCGUAUAAAUAUCUUGAAAGUGGGAAAAGAUCCCAUUUCACUUACCAACAAAGAAAUCCCACUGGGAAGAAAGCAUAUCAGUGUGUGGAAUGUGGAAAGAGCUUCAGUCACAACUCCUCUCUCACUUUCCAUCAAAGAAUUCAUACAGGGGAGAAACCAUAUCAGUGUGUGGAAUGUGGAAAGCGCUUCAGUCAGAGCUCCAAACUCAUUUCCCAUCAAAUAAUUCAUACAGGGGAGAAACCCUAUCAGUGCAGAGAAUGUGGGAAGAGCUUCAGUCAAAGCGCCAAUCUCACUUCCCAUCAAAUGAUUCAUACAGGGGAGAAACCCUAUGAGUGUGUGGAAUGUGGAAAGAGCUUCAGUAGGAGCUCCCAUCUCACUUCACAUCAAAGAGUUCAUUCAGGGGAGAAACCCUAUCAGUGCAUGGAAUGUGGAAAGAGCUUCAACCAGAGCUCCUCUCUCACUUCCCAUCAAAGAAUUCAUACAGGGGAGAAACCCUAUCAGUGUGUGGAAUGUGGAAAGAGCUUCAGGAAGAGCUCCGCUCUCACUUCCCAUCACAGAAUUCAUACAGGGGAGAAACCAUAUCAGUGUGUGGAAUGUGGAAAGAGCUUCAGUAAGAGCUUCUCUCUCACUUCCCAUCACAGAAUUCAUACAGGGGAGAAACCAUAUCAGUGUAUGGAAUGUGGAAAGAGCUUCAGUGACAGCCGAAAUCUCACUUCCCAUCAAAUGAUUCAUACAGGGGAGAAACCCUAUCAGUGCGUGGAAUGUGGAAAGAGCUUCAGUAGGAGCUCCUCUCUCAGUUCCCAUCAAAGAAUUCAUAUGAAGGGUGGAAAUAAUUUCAGUAUACAGCUUUAAGUGUCAGGGGGAAAUGCACCACUUUAACAAGGACUUGGUCUGACUGGCAUCUAAUCCUCUUUUGAAAUGUGUUGGUGAGAUCAGAGCCCAUCAGAGCCCAGUAUGGGUCACAUGAUCUCCUGCAAUGAUUUUGCAAAGUUUUUUUUACAGGUUUGGGGCUGUUUGUUUUGUGUUUUCAUAUUGUGAUUUCAUGUUUUAACCUUCCUGAGAACUGUGGGUGUAGGGAAUCGGAGCCAACUCUUAGAGGGUGAGGGGUCUUUGCCCCCCAAAAAUAUUUGAGGGUGCCACCCCCCAGUUGAUAGGCAUUCCCAUUAAAAUGGCAUGCAUGCACCACACCAUGUGAUUGAUUAUGCGAGGAGGGGCUUACUAAACCCCUUCUAUAUUUUAUUCAAGUUGGCAUCCCUGCUUUAGGGUGGUAGAGAAAUUAAAUAAAUGCUUAUAUAAAAUAAAACUGUCUUGGUCGCCUUUAUUAGCACAUGUUCCAGCUUGUCCAUAUCCUUCUUAUUAUCAUUUAAAAAAUUUAUGUGCCCUUUAUCUGAAGAUUUCACGGUGGUUCACAACAUAAACAGACAGGUUGAAAGAAUGUAUUUCUCAAAAACAAGUCAAGGCAGAGAAAUCUCUCCUUUUCUUUUUUCUUUUGGAUGGAAUUACAAACUUUGUUGAUCAGGGAACUGCUGUGGAAAUAGUGCGUCUUGAUUUCAGUAAGACUUUUGACAAAGUCCCCUGCGACAUUUAUGUGAGGAAGCUGGUAAAAUGAGGCUGAAUGAGGUAAGUGUUAGGCGGAUUUGACUGACCGAACCCAAAGAGAAUUCCUUCAUGGGUCUUCCUCAUCCUGGGGGACAGGGACAAGAGGGGUGCU